UUUGACCAUUAAAAAGAAAAAGAAAAAGAUACGCGUGAAUUGAUAUAUGAAUUAUUUAAGACCAAAAAUGGUUUACGACUCAACACAUAGACUACCAGUAGGGAUGGUAUCUAGUGACUUAUGCUUAUAUAAUUACGCUUUACUUUUUUUUGGAGAAGGGGGAGUCUUGAUGUUUGCAGUAGAAAGUUGCGGAAUAAUAAUAUAAAACCUUGUGUUUCAAUUUGCUGUCAUUUUCUCUCUCUCUUUCUCUCUUUCCUUUUUUCAACUCAUUAAAUGGCAGAGCCAGACACGACUUACUUUGAAAGUUUAUGCGAACAGCUUUAUAACCCAAAGACACCAGAGGAAGGUGAACAAGUACGGAAGGUUCUCGAGCAGUCUUUUCCUAUCUUUGGUGAUUCGACCAACCUGCCAACAGAAACAGCUUCUUCUCUUCGUUUGUUAUUAUCAAGAUCACCUAAUCCCUUCGUUCAGACCUUUUGUCUUUCUCGAAUAAAACAACUUGUGCAAGCUCAGUCCAAUGCUUUCAGUAUACAAGUCAAAAUACAACUUCGAACGUUUUUGUUGGAGUAUGCGUUCAUACAUCCUGAUUUAAUACCAUUUGUGAUAUCGCAACUUGGAAAUGUAUUAGCAGUGAUUACAUUGAUCGGAUGGGCAGAAGUUGAAGAAUAUAAGAAUAUUUAUAAAGACAUUUCUCAAUUCAUACAGGCAUCAAUAGAUCAUCGCAUUGUUGGAUUACAACUAUUAUCCAUUCUUGUUCAGGAUAUGAAUCCGCCAUCAUUCACAAGAAACUCAUCAAAAUAUAGAAAAGCAGCGGGUGAAUUCAGAGACACUCAACUGUUUGACAUCUGUGAGGCAGCAUUCAAAACGUUGGAGGAAAUAGUUGAACAUGGCAUCAUCUAUACUCACGUUAACCAAGCAGAGCGACUGAAAGAAGUCACUUUGAAUUUACUCGUGAGAUGCUUCUCCUAUGAUUUCAGCGGAACAAGUUCAGAUGAAUCAGGAGAAGAUACAGCAACGAUACAGGUUCCUACUUCAUGGAGGCCAUUACUCGAAAAGGACUCCUUUUUACCCACUUUUUUUAAAGCAUACAGCGAGUUUGAACCACCUUAUUCAUCCAAGGUUAUGGAAUGUCUCGUACAAAUCGCAUCAAUCCGUAUUGCUUUAUUUACCGAACCACAAAGAACGAAAUUUAUUGUAGCCAUUAUGCAAGGCAUACGUGACAUUAUCGUCAAUACGCAAGGACUGGAUGAUGGCGACAACUACAACGGAUUCUGCCGAUUCCUGUCGCGAUUUAGAGCUACUGUUCCCUUGAAUGAAAUGGUACAAACCCCUGGAUAUCUUGAUUGGAUUGAGUUGAUUGCCAAUUUUUCAUUCAAGGCAUUUCAAUCAUGGAAGUUUGCACCCAACACAUCAUCCUACGUGCUUAGUUUCUGGACUAGAUUGGUGCAGAGUAUGACAUAUUACCAACAGCUGGGAGAAGAGGCAAUCGAGAAACUGGCAAAUCUCACAAUAGGAAUAGUUCAAGCCUAUGUUUCCACCGCACUAGAGGCUGUUCCUAUACGUAUUGAGGAAGGACUUGAUGACCCUCUCGAGAAUGAGGAUGCCCUGAUAGAAUCAUUAAAUCAUCUAGGACAAAUAGCACACAAGAGGUAUCAGGCUUGCAGCACAGCUUUGAUUGAACUAUUUAAUUCAAUUACCGACCAGUAUCAGGAACUCAUCAAUACGGUCGGCAUAAACAUGUCCUCUGAAUUUAAAGAAGCUUUGGAAGUGAUUGAAACAAAGUAUGCCUGGGUUGUUUACAUCAUGGCUUCGUUCAUAGGAAAUAGAGCUGCAUUUAUGACGUCUGACAAUGUCGAUAAAAUAGACAGCGAGAUCACGACAAAGGUAUUGCAGCUAGUUGACUUUCAGCAAUCUCUUUUGAAUCAGAACGGAAGUACUUUUAUGAAUGAAAAGUUGGAUUUAGCCAUCAUCUUCUUUUUCCAAAUGUUUAAAAAGUCAUACAUGUCCGAAUCAAGUGGAAGAGACAUUUAUUCGAUUCUAUCAGAAGUGUUUGGAAUAAGUCAUCAAGUGACAAUGCUAGAUGUGAUUAUGCGAAAGAUCAUAUCCAAUUUACAGCACUGGGCAGAUAAUGAAACUGUCAUCCGACGGACGCUAGAGUUAUUUAAUGAUUUAAACACAGGAUAUGGUGCUUCCAAAAACCUUCGCAAGAUUGAAGCAACUACCUUCAUUCUUCAAAACCACAUGUCAACCGAGAUUGCUUUUUGUCAGCAUGAGAAGCAGCAUGAUAAUAGGAUCCUUUAUUUUCAAAUACUUUGCAAGCUAUUAUUUGCAGAUGAUAAUAUCACAGAACGCGCAUUUUAUGAUUUUAUGGAACCAUUUCAUAGACGAAUCGAAGCAUUAGGUUCAUUAGACACUGUAGAAGCAUUUCAACAAGAAUCAAUCAAGAAAGCAAUUCGGGACAUCUUUACAGACUUGUAUGGCUUCAUGCUGCCCAUUCAGAGCCGUCGUCACUUUACGCUCUUUUUUGACUGGUUCUAUAAUUACUAUUCGUCUCUCUUGCUUCGUGCGGCAGAAUCAUGGUCUCCGGAUCCAAUAGUGAAUACAUUAUUGAAAUUCUACGUAGAGUACGCCAGUAAUAAAAACCAGAGACUCGGUUUUGACGUGUCCUCUCCGAACGGUAUUUUGAUCUUUAGAGAUGCAAGCCAAAUCAUUUCCAUGUAUCAUCAACAGGUGAUGAAGCAGCCAGUUUUACGACAAGAUCAAGUCUAUGAUUACAGAUAUAAAGGUAUCAUCCUGUGCUUUGAUAUUAUGUCCAAGUGUCUUGGUGGAAAAUAUGUUAAUUUCGGCAUCCUUUGGCUCUAUCAGGACAAAUCUGUGAAUGAAGCAAUAGAUGCAACGCUCCAGCUAAUACAGAGUAUUCCAGUGAAUGAUCUCAUGAGUUUCCCAAAGCUAUCUCACUCCUUCUUCUUUUUACUUGAUGAGCUAGUCAGAGAACGACAACUUAUGGCCUUACCUCACCUAUCUCCCGAGACGUUCUUGCACUUGAUGCAAGCUUGUGAACAAGGCAUGGAUUCUUCAGAUCAAUUGAUAUGUUCUCAUGCUUGCUCUGCUAUCAAUCAUAUAGCCUGUUUUGCUAUACAAGAAACCGAAAAAUCGACAAGACAGCAGCAGCGUCGAAGGUCAUCUGCACAACAGCAUUGGCUCAUUACUUAUCUCGCACAAUUCAAUCAUAUCUUACCGACUCUGUUGGCAGGUCUGUUUCAGUUACUGCUAUUUGACGAUAAAUCAGAUCAGUGGACCUUGUCUAGACCGCUCUACCCGUUGAUUUUGUUACAAAGAGACUAUGUUUUCAAGUAUAUCAGUGUUGUUAUCGAACAACAGCCACCAGAGACAAGGCCUAUUGUUACAACAGUUUUGAAUGGUUUAUUAGACGGCAUCAAUUGGACUCUAACAACAAAGGAUAGGGAAAGAUUUACCCAUAAUGUAUCUUCUUUUAGAAAGCCGCUGAAUGCACACAGUAUAAGAUUGACACCACUGACGGCUCCCCCAUCAUAUUAUUAAAGAGAUACACAAACAAGUUGGAUACUUUAUUAUUUUUGUUUUUUAUAUUU